ACUCCAAGUCGGUUGUUUACAAGCAAAUUUGAAACGUUACUUUAGCUUUAAUCUGUAGACAUUAUCGUUGAAAUUUCUUCAGAUUAGAUUAGAUUAGAGAAUUAAAUUCAGGUGACUGCAUCCGCCAAAUUAAACCAGAAGCAAAAAAAAAGUCUCUCACACUUUUGUAGAAGUUUUAAGCAAAGAUGUCGAAAAACCACAAUUACCUCGAGGCAGCACAAUCCGGAAAUCUGUCCAUGUUGAAGUUCUACAUUGGAUUGCACCCGCAGGAAGUCGACAUCAACUAUCAGGAUGCAAAAUUGUGUAGCGCUCUGCACCGGGCAGUGCACUGUAGUCGCAAUUCGUACGAAACGGUGAAGAUGUUGAUUGAAGCCGGCAUCGAUUGUGGCCUACGGAACGAGCGGAAUGAAAUCGCGGCUGAGAUGGCUCGCCGCUUUGGGCGAGGAGAUUUGAUGAUCCUGAUGUUGCAAUGGGAGUUUCGAGACACUCCAAAACGGGAAAUUUUCUAUCAACUUCUACGAAGGAAUAGUAUGGAGCUGGUUUGUGUGUAUACAUUACAAUGGAAACUGCCCUUUGAUGAAGCAAUUGCUUUGAUAGAAGAGGCGUACGAGGCAUUACGCCUGAAAGGGGUAAAACUAGAAGAACAAACCAGGUACGAAGUGCUUCAGGAACUUGUCAAGCAUUACGGAACGGAUCCGACUACCUGUCGAUGGCAGGAUAUUGCUUUCGGAAAGGAUCAAUUGCUAGAGUACAUUGAUUUUGUGCUGCAAAACACAGAUGAAGACAAUCUGAAUGAAAUAAGUGACGAAGUCCUAAUGGCAAUGCGAGAAAUAAUGAAACAUAUGUAUCUGGGGAGGGAACGGUAUGACGAAGCGUUAAUGGAGGUUCAGCAUUGUUUGUGUGUGUUCAUUGCGACCUGUGAUGAAUUGCCGGGAAUGGAAUUUUUCACACUAAUUAUCAACAAACAACUGGUGCUAAGAUUUCUUCGAUUUGUGGCGAAACAGCUUCGAGGGAGCGGCAUUCUUUCUAGCAAGGACAGAAAGGUUCGAAGGCAGUUAAGAAAAACGUUUGUAUUGCUGAAAGAGUGGCAUUCUGUGACAAAAAUACUAUUUCACUUAUCAGAAGCAUGUAAAAUUGAUUUGAAGCAAACGGAUAACAGGACUGCCAAGCAGCUAUUUAUGGAUCGAUGCGUUCAAGUGGUAGGUGAAGCUAUCAAAAGCACUAAAUUAUGUACGAAUCUAUCGAAUCGAAUGCAAGCUGCCUUUGAGUUCAUGACUUCUAGUGAAACGACAUCAUGUUAUAAAAGUAUUCGAGAGUUUCACUCGCAUGGCUACCCGGUGGCAAAGUACUUGUUUGAAAAAGAGAACGAUUACAACUCAUACUUGAAAUUGCAGAAAAAUUUCAAAACUGCGUUAAGUUUUUUCGAAUGCAUGCGUUCCACAUUGAUGAUAGCUAUACAAAAACGAUUCCUUGGUUCUCUGUACAAGAUGCAGAAGGUUAAACAAGCUCGAUCGUUAGCUAUGUAUGCCAACGAAAACUUAGUUGGAGCUUAUGGAGAUCCAGCUGCUCAUCAUGAAACCUUUUACAGUGAACAAAUAUCAUCCAAAGUGAUAGAUGAUUUGAAAAUUCUCCUGAAAGACGACUCAGAAAACUAUAAAUUGUUGUCAAUCAUAGAGCAGCAAUUGAAAUCCCAUUUCGCAGACAUGUCCAGGACCAGAUCCAAUCAUCUUCAAUUUGGUAAAAGUUUUGGGUCAUUCCUACGAGCAGCAAGGACUUGUCAAAAUAUUAAUGAUCUCAGAUCAGUGCUCAAAUUUUCCCUAGUACUUCCUGGUCCGAAAUGUUUCAUAGAAUGUUACUCUCAGCAACGCCGAAGCAUAGGUAGUUUAGCACGUACUUUAAUGUACCAUUUGAUGGAAAGAUACGGAUCCAGCAGAAAUCAGCAUAUAGUGGACACCGCCUAUCAACUGCUCAACCUAUUUGACAAUGAGUCUGUUUCGGGGCUGGAUAGGCUGCAGCUAAAACGGGCAAAUUUUUCAUCCGAAGGCUACGUGGAGCAUAUACUUCGUGAGUCCGGAGCAUACGAUUAUUACCAAAAAGUCCCGUCUGAAGUUCGCAAAAAACUGCGAAAGAACGUGGACGAAAAUGUUUUCAACGUUGCAGAUCGCUUACGGAUUCUCAGAUUACCAGAAAGUGAGAAACUGAAAACAUUUCGCAAGAACCAGGAAGAUGAGUUUCAAAGUGCGUUCGAUCGAAAAGUUGCAACAUUGAAACGCAUGUUGCAGAACUGUGGACAAUCAACUGGGAAGCUGUUUGAGUAUGAGAUAACUGGAUACAAUUUGGAGUCCAUUGCGAUGCAACAUGUUCUUUUGGAGAUUUGUGAGAUUCUUCUAGGGGUAGGAGCCCUCCAGUUAAAUAUCCAGCAACUCGAUCAUAGAGUUCCGAUCGUGAGUGGUAAAAAUAUUCGAAAUAGUUUGGCACACGACAUGAUCAUGUAUGACGUUAUCAGUGAAAGUCGAGUUAAUGACUUUUGCAACGCUGUUUACUACGGCACUUUGUGUCUGAAAUUGUACGAUAAAAAAGAUUGGCCAAAAGCAGUCCCUUUCAGGAAGGAAGGAUCCGGUAAAUUACGUGAUAAGCUAAAUUGGUUCAAUAUGCAAAGGCAUUUGUAUGAACAGCUAAAGGAUAUCGAGAAAUUUAAGUUCAAACGUGAUAAAAUUGAUAAACACGAUAUCCUUGGACGUAUGAGGGAAACCAAAGCGGACUUCACAACAUUUCACAACAAUGCACUGCUCCAAGCUGUACGACAUAAUAUGCAGCACUUUAUUGAUCAUAUUGAUGGAGUUAGGUUCUCCAAGGAAUAUCACCACCUAAUCAACGAAAUCGGUCAUCCUUUGAUUCCUCGCAAAACUCCUAAUCAAAUGAGUUACCCGGAAAAGUCACAGAUAUUGCUCAAUAUUUGCUUGGAGGUUGGAGAUUUUCGAUCUUAUCGGACUAUCACUGAAAAAUACAACGCUUCUUUUACAUACGAAGCAGCAUACAAACGUAAUACAGCUGUUUUAAAUCAUUUAGAGGAUCUGAAACUAAAACUUUCCUCGCAAAUGCUACUCGAUAGCAUUACAUCAGGAAAUAUUUCAGCAUUUAAAUGGCUUCUUAAAAAGCUAGAUCCGGAAACUAUAAGAUCAUGCUCUCCUCUUCAAAUAGCUUUGGUUACUGGACAGCUGGAAAUGGCAAAUGAACUAGUCCGUAUUGCAACUCCUGACGAGAAAAAUGCAAAAAUUGCUGUUAUUUACAGUUUUAAUGACAUUUUCGAGCAAAUACUUCCAUUUGUUAAAAACUCCAAAUCAUUAUGCACAUAUGCUGUUGCAAGUGGCAACCUUGCAGCAAUUCUAAAAAUGGAAAGCAGAUCUAACCUGUGUUCAGUUUCUAAAGAUCUACUUCAUGAUGUAGCAAUUUACAAUCGAACGACUAUACUGAAACAUUUUCUUCUAAGCCGACAAUGGCGUGAACGCAUCGAUGAUAAAAACGAGAGCGGAAAAACGCCAUUGGAUGUAUUUGCACAAAACGGCAACCUACAAGCCGUCAAGAUGAUUUCCCAAUACACCGCCAAUGUUGGAAACGCAAUACUAAGUGCUGCCAUGAAAAGGCGCAAUCGAAUCGUUAAAUAUUUGCUGAGUUGCAGACCCCAUUUCCUCUCUGACAUGCUUUACGAUUUAAUCAAUUGCGCAAUCCAGACUAAAAACAACGCUCUUCUGACAUUUCUUCUCAGAAAAUGUUCAAAGAAUACGGAAGAUCACUUAGAUUUAUCAGAGCAAUUCAUGAAUGCAAUCCAUAAUCACAAUUUCGAUGCUUUGGAAAUUCUUCUCAAGAACGAUCCACUAGCGGCACAAGUUACUAAACCCGAUACACUCUACAAUGCGUACCAUGUUGCUGUACAAGCCCUAAACACGUGCACAAAAGCGGACUACAGGCGUAAAUCAGAACAAAUCUUCAGUCUGCUGAAGGCCCACAAGGUCGACCCUUGUUUCAAAGACAAAGGUGGAAUGACCCCCUUGAACCGGGCCGUCACUUUUCGCAAUCUUGACAUAGUUCGUCGUUUGUAUCAACUUGGACCAGCAGCUAUCAACGAACCUGAUGCCAUCGGACGGACGCCCUUAAUCAGUGCUCUCAUGGUAGGAAGUCUGCCCAUAAUUGAAUAUCUAGCCGGAAAUGGAGCUUCCUCCAAAGACCUGCCCACCUUUAGGUAUCCGAUCCUUCACAACGUUCCACCGAUAACCCACUUUUUGGACGCAAACAUCGAAUGUCUGGAGUACGCCGCCCGAUCCCUACGGAUCGAUCUAGAACUUCAAGAUUCCUUUGGGCGAACACUGCUUCAUGAACUGUGCCGGAUGGACAACGCGACUUUUGUGGCAUUUGUCUUGGAGCGAUGCCACGCCAACGUGCACGCCCGAGACUUCAACGGUGAAACAGUGCUGCAUCACGCGAUUCGCUACGACAAGAAGGCCGUUUUGGAGUAUCUUCUGAAGCGCGAUGAUCGCAGGGAUUUUCUUGAGCAUGUGAACAGACUGGGACAAACGGCGCUGAUGCUAGCGACAGCUACUCCCGGGAGAAUGCCUCUGGCGUACAAGUUGGUUGCGGCCGGUGCGUCUAAGGAACGGCUGCUGCGGCUGGUUGCCGGGUCUUGCCAAGAAGCUCUUGAGCAUUUGAAGAAGUGAUAAAACUGAAAUGUUUGUGUGAUAAGUACAUAUAUCUUUUUUAUAGUAGAUAUUUUUUUUAAUGUAUUUUGUUAGUCGUAAAAUAAAUUUAACAAAACUUCAAAAAUUGACGCGUUUUUUAUUAACAAUCAUAAUACUAUAUUUGUUCGUAUUGUUUAAUAAAAACAGAAUAACGUUUUCAUCCAAUUCCCGUCUAUGUAAGCACCGACCGACAAUGAUCGAUAUUAUUAUUGCACCUCGCCUACCGCCUCAUGGCCAAUUUGUUAUCAAUUACUAAUGUAUAAAUUAGCUUCCAUAUAACGUAAAAACAUAUUGUAAAAGAACUACUACAAUUUCCGUAACAUCUUCUUCUUUAUGGCUCGACGUUCGCAUUGGAACUUGGCCUGCCUCUCUUCAACUUAGUGUUCUUAGAGCACUUCCACAGUUAUUAAUUGGAGGGCUUUCUUUGUCCGCCAUUGCAUGAAUUUGUAUAUUGUGAGGCAAGCACAAUGAUGAAAAUUUUCCUGACUGGAACGGGAAUCGAUCACGUCGUCUCCGGAUUGGCGAUCCAUAGCCUUACCCAACUAACAUUCAUUGUGAAUGUAAAUGUCAACAAAGCGUCCUCAAUACGGCUUGAUGCUGAGUUACUGUGUUGUACAUAUGGACGGAAGCUUCUAUGCCCUACACCAAUGAAUCUGGCGAACUUAAUCCACAUGCAUAUGCUGUGCAAGCAGCUUCUAUGCCACGAAGUCAUAGCUCUUUUCUCGGCUCCUAUGUAACCACUAACUGAAUAACAUCUUGAGAAGGCGCUUUUUCAGCCUUUUCGCAGUUGUUAAAUAAUAGUUAUACGGCAUCCCCAAAUUAAUCGAUUAAAUAUAAUUAGUUUAUGGAUACCGUGACGCAAUACAUGUGGAACUGGAAUUAACGCUUUUAAAAUUGAAUAAUUAAAGUACUUGUCGCUACUUGGAAUCGAACUCCCGAUCUCCGUAUCCACUGGUCCCGAUGGUGUCCUCGCUGCCACACUGCUAUAUAUAAAUAGCAUAGAAAAUAGUCCGUGUUUUACUCCAGACAAGGUUUCAUAAUUGUGCCACAAGAAACCUUACCCAACUUCAUCUUGCUGCAAAAGCUUGUGAAUCAUCAAACGCAAUAAUGAUUACAUUGAACAAGCUGUGUGGUUGCGCCAACAGGUUCUUUGUCACUGCUUCUAGCUGAAAGAGUGUUCUUUAAACAGCUACGAAGCGCUGCUGUUAUGUGUAUUUGGCAACAUUACAAAACGUACUGUAUAAAAGCAGCUGUUUUAUUGGCUGGGACUCUUACUCCAUUCGCAUAUCUUCCGGCAUUGAAUUAAAGUGCAAUAAAAGCAACCCAAAUUAUUUCACAGCACAGAGAUGGAUAGUUGUAAAGAAUUUGUGUAGUAGCUAUAUAUUCCGCUUAAAUUUUGUUUUGACAAUAAUGUUUACAUCCGACAAGCCCUGUUGGUAUACCAACAGUUUCUUUAUUACAGCUUCUAGCUGUAUUACGCAUUACGGUCUUCAAAGCGCUGCUGGGGAUUUGUCAGUAUAACGAACUGUACUGUAUAAUAGCAGCUGUUUUGUUAGUGGGGACUCCUAUUCGAUUUGUUCAAGUUUUCACUUCUUCGGGGAAAUCUUCCGGAGUUGGAAUAGAGUGGAGUAAAGGCAACCCCAGUGACAAGUGAUGGAUUUCUGAAAACGGAGUUUGGUAGCUGUAAAGGGCGAACACGAUGAAAUUGCCACACAGAAAAUAUUGUAUAACUUUUGAUUGCGUUCGUCAAAAAAGCUAAUUUUUUGACCAUGAUUAUGUGUAGCUUAUACCAUAAAAUUUUCAUUAAAAUCGGUUAAGUAUUGGCGCAUAUAUUGUCGAUAUCAUAAAAUGAGAUUUUAGAAAAUUUGUGCACCCAUUUCAAAAAAUUACUUAGGCUAUAACUUUUUUGUUACCUCAUCAAAACGUUUGAAAAUUUCACUCGAUAUUCUUAACAUAGUAUCAAUUAAGUGGUAAAAAUUUGAUCGAAAUCGGUACAGUACUUUUUCUAGUAAAUAUCCAAAGCUCAAAUCGCUUCGAGGUAAAUUUUAGGUACUUUUUGACCAUUUUUAGUUCCGCGUGCACUAUUUUGACUGUAGAACUGGUAACACUGUCCCGAUUUUUAUAAAACUUUGACAGUUUAAAAUUUUUGUGUUAAACUGUUUACAGUGAAAAUUUCAGCCAUUUUUGUUGAGUACUUUCAAAGUAA